CAUUACGCCCAACUCUAGCCUUUUUUUUAACUCUCUCUCUCUGAUACGUAGAUUCUUGGUGAACAAUGGCCGGAAAAGGUGAAGGUCCGGCGAUCGGAAUCGAUCUCGGGACGACCUACUCGUGCGUCGGUGUUUGGCAACACGAUCGCGUUGAGAUCAUAGCCAAUGAUCAAGGCAACAGGACGACGCCGUCUUACGUCGCUUUCACGGACACUGAGCGUUUGAUCGGCGAUGCUGCCAAGAACCAGGUCGCCAUGAACCCCACGAACACCGUCUUCGAUGCAAAACGUCUCAUUGGUAGGAGGUUUAGUGAUGCAUCCGUCCAGAGUGAUAUUAAGUUGUGGCCCUUCAAAGUUGUUCCUGGUCCUGGUGACAAGCCAAUGAUUGUUGUCAACUACAAGGGUGAAGAGAAGCAGUUUUCUGCUGAGGAAAUAUCCUCCAUGGUUCUUGUCAAGAUGAAGGAGAUUGCAGAGGCCUACCUUGGAUCAACAGUGAAGAAUGCUGUUGUCACUGUUCCUGCAUAUUUCAAUGACUCACAGCGCCAGGCUACCAAGGAUGCCGGUGUAAUUUCUGGUCUGAAUGUCAUGCGAAUUAUUAAUGAGCCAACAGCCGCUGCCAUUGCCUAUGGUCUUGACAAGAAAGCUACCAGUGUUGGUGAGAAGAACGUGCUCAUCUUUGAUCUUGGUGGUGGUACUUUUGAUGUUUCUCUGCUCACCAUUGAAGAGGGUAUUUUUGAGGUGAAAGCUACAGCUGGAGAUACUCAUCUUGGCGGGGAGGAUUUCGAUAACAGAAUGGUGAACCAUUUUGUCCAGGAAUUCAAGAGGAAGCACAAGAAGGACAUUACUGGUAAUCCCAGAGCGCUGAGGAGACUGAGGACCGCAUGUGAGAGGGCAAAGAGGACUCUCUCUUCCACUGCUCAGACCACCAUUGAGAUUGAUUCUCUAUUUGAGGGAGUGGACUUUUACUCUACUAUAACUCGCGCAAGAUUUGAGGAGCUAAAUAUGGAUCUCUUUAGGAAGUGUAUGGAGCCAGUGGAGAAAUGUCUGAGGGAUGCUAAGAUGGACAAGAGCACUGUCCAUGAUGUUGUUCUUGUUGGAGGAUCUACCAGAAUUCCCAAAGUUCAGCAGCUGUUGCAGGACUUCUUCAACGGAAAGGAACUAUGCAAGAGCAUCAACCCUGAUGAGGCUGUAGCCUAUGGUGCUGCCGUACAAGCUGCCAUUUUAAGCGGUGAGGGCAACGAGAAGGUUCAGGACUUGUUGCUGUUAGAUGUCACUCCACUCUCCCUUGGGUUGGAAACAGCUGGAGGUGUGAUGACUGUUCUAAUCCCAAGGAACACCACCAUUCCUACCAAGAAGGAACAAGUGUUCUCAACCUACUCGGAUAACCAACCUGGUGUGUUGAUUCAGGUGUAUGAGGGUGAGAGGACAAGAACCAGGGACAACAACUUGUUGGGUAAAUUUGAGCUGUCAGGCAUUCCUCCUGCCCCCAGGGGUGUGCCUCAGAUCACUGUUUGCUUUGACAUUGAUGCAAAUGGUAUUUUGAAUGUCUCUGCCGAGGACAAAACAACCGGACAGAAAAACAAGAUCACAAUCACUAAUGACAAAGGCAGGCUGUCCAAGGAGGAGAUCGAGAAGAUGGUCCAGGAAGCAGAGAAGUACAAAGCCGAGGACGAGGACCAUAAGAAGAAAGUGGAGGCUAAAAAUGCACUUGAGAACUAUGCCUAUAACAUGAGGAACACAGUGAAGGAUGAAAAGAUUGGUUCUAAGCUCAAUCCAGCUGAUAAGAAAAAGAUUGAGGAUGCUAUUGAUGAGGCUAUUUCAUGGCUCGACAGCAACCAACUUGCAGAAGCUGACGAGUUCGAAGAUAAAAUGAAGGAGCUCGAGGGCAUUUGCAAUCCCAUUAUUGCGAAAAUGUACCAAGGUGCUGGCGGUGACAUGGGUGGCUCCAUGGAUGAAGAUGGUCCCCCAGCUGGUGCAAGUGGUGGUGCAGGCCCUAAGAUUGAGGAGGUUGAUUAGGAAAGUGAAGCAAAGGCAUGAAUCUGUCGUUCGGUUUCUUCCAGUAAUAUAGUAGUUUUAAUUGGAACUUUUAGCGGUUGGUUCUAAUGCCCCCGUUUUAUAGUCCCUGGUCAUCGGUUUUAGAUGUUUGGAUUCUGUUAUGGUUUUGCUACUAAAUUUUUGCUACUUGGUCCGUUAUUAGUGGCAAAUUGAAAGGUUUUGUGACACCCAUUGGCGUGAAGUUUAUUUAUUUGUUCUGUA